AUGGAUAUUUUUGAAACCACACGCAAGGACCCUGCUGAGCCCUUUGUCGGCGCCGCUCCGGUGAACCUCUUCCAGCGGCUUCGAGCGCAUGUAGCUGGCGACAAUCUCCCGGCGUUCAAAGCUCCGACCGGCGACCGUUCGCACGCUCGACUAUCGUCCGACAAGCCCAAGCUUUCGACGGCAUCGUAUAGUGCAGAAACACCGCGACGUCUGGGCUGCGACCUCCGACGGGCCUUGACCUCCGGCAACAUCGAGCCUCGAUUUCCUUCGGGCCGCGGCUUCUCCCAAGCCCCGACCAUUGUUCGGCAAUAUUGA